UGAUCAGACAGUAGUCACUAAAAUUGCCUAUGUUGCUGAACUAAAAUAUGAUUUCUUUUACCAACUUCUAUUGCAGAAAGAUAUGGAUGGAUCUUCUUCAACAAUAUUUUCAACAGCUAGCGAUGGUAAAAAACUUGUACUUGAUGAUUCAAAACUUUCAGGAAAGCAAAUUUUAAAAGUUAAUUGUAGAAUGACCUCAGCUUUUCAUUCAAUCAAUUGA